AUGUCGGACAGCGCUCAUCCCGGCGGCGCUGGCCUGCCCGACAUCAACCACGGCCCACGCAUUAUCGUGGGUACGGCGAUCACUACAGGAUUAGCCCUGCUGUCGGUGCUGGCCCGUUUGUACGUCCGCUUCUUUGUGAUUCGCAAUGUCGGUCUCGACGAUUAUACAAUGGCCUUUACCAUGCUGCUGUCGCUGUGCGGCUUCGCCAUUAUCAUUCCCGAGGUCAAUUACGGCGCUGGUCGACACACAGUCUAUGUCCAGGACACGGCCACCAAGGCUAUUCAGCUCAACUUUGCGACGCAGGUGAUCUAUCUAUGGGGGGUUGGGUUGGUCAAGGUGGCCAUUGGGCUGUUUCUGUUGCGCUUUGCCCCGCGGCGAGGCUACAGGAUCUUCAUCUGGUCCGUGAUCGUGUUUAUGAUGCUAUACACAACUAUCUGUUUCUUUACGGAAAUCUUCCAAUGCAAGGACAUCCGGGCCAUCUGGGACAUGACGGUGAAAUCAAAAUGCUUUACGCCGAAGCAGCUACUGGAGCUGAGCUAUGUGAAUGCCGGGUUCAAUGUCCUGACCGACGUGGUUUUUGCAAUUCUACCAAUAUUUAUGCUGCGCCAUCUUCAAGUCAACAAACGAGUGAAGGCCUCGCUGAUCUGUAUUCUGGGGCUGGGGUUGUUCGCCUGUGUCGCUGGCUGUGUCAAGAUCUCCAUCCUAACAGACUACGGCAAGACGGGCGAUUUGCUCUGGGACUAUACAAACCUGACCAUCUGGGUUGUCGCGGAAUGCAACACCGGAAUCAUGGCCGGCAGCCUCCCAGCCCUAAAACCCCUCUUUAAAACCAUCCUCAACACAUAUGGCUCGCGCUCCAAAACUCGCCAGUACGGCUACGGCAGCAAGCACUACCGUCUCCGCUCGCUCACACGCUCGCAACACGGCAAACAGCAAUCCUUCGGCGGAAGAGGUGGAGGCGAAGGUGGAGGCGGCGGCGGCAGCAGCAGCGGCGCACACGGCGCAGUAUCAUUAUCACGCAGCGGCAACCGCAGCGCGCUGGGCCACGAAACCGAUGAUGACCGCAAGGGCCCGCAGGCGCACUACGCCGAGGCCACGACUAUGACGUCGUACCAGGGCCAGUCUGGGAACAAUUCCAGUGAGGAGCGGAUUCUGCCACCUGCGGACUCGGCGGGGAUUGUGUGUACGACUGAGGUGUCGGUGUUGCGGUCUUUGGAGGCGGCGGAGGGAAUAGGGAUUGCGCAUUCGGGGGAUGACGGGGAGGAGAGGGAGAGGGAGAGGGCGAGAACGUUUCAGGGGACAUAUUUGGAUGUUGAUGAUCGGGUUUGA